AUGCCUCAUGCAUUGACCCUAGAGCAAGACGUGCCGAGUUUCGACGGCAAGAAGCUCUUUGUGAACGAUGGUUUGCUCCGACCGAGUCAAGUGGGAAAGCUGAAAGAGUCAUCUCCAGAUCUGCCCAUGCAAGAGCUGCGCCGUCGCUACAAUGAAGACGGGUAUGUGUACCUAAAGGGCCUACUGCCAAGGGACGAUGUCGUGAAAGCCCGCGAAGAGUACUUCAAGAUGCUCGCGCCAAGUGGCGUCUUAAAGCCCGGUACCCAGCCAGUACAAGGCGUUUUUGAUUGCGAAAAAGAUGCUUCAGACUUCCCUGGCAUUGGAGCUGGUGCGGCGCCAGGAAACGGGAAGCCUGGAGAAGCAACCGCAGAGAAAUUCGUCGGCCUCGCGCUCGAGGCGCACUAUGCAGAUUGGUACAAAGAGACAUUCUGCAAGCAUCCUGUGCUGAAGGACUUCAUCGCCCGCAUGACGGGGUGGGGCGAUAAUACUCUAGGUGUUCGCAGGAGUUUGCUGCGCAACAACACACCAGGAAACAAAGCUAUCGGCGUACAUUACGAUCAGAUAUUCCUCCGUCACGGUGAGCCUACCAGUGUCACUGCCUGGGUGCCAAUGGGAGAUGUGAGCUUGACUGGAGGCGGUCUCAUCUACCUGGAGAAUGGCCAUACAUUAGGUCGCGAAGUGGAAGCAGACUUCAACCGUAAGGCAGAAGAAAGUGGUUUGAGUGAGGAGGAAACAAAAAACGCAUUCAAUCAGAAUAUGCUGUCAACGGGAUUGCUCGCCGAUGGACCACGGGAGUAUUCUGAUAGCUUUGAUAGGCGAUGGUUGGUGACAAACUACGAAGCGGGGGAUGUGGUACUGCACACUCCAUACACAAUACAUGCAUCCACGUUGAAUUAUGACCCGGACAACGUGAUCCGAGUCGGUACUGACCUGAGGUUCGUCGACGGCAGCAAGCCUUGGGACACGCGGUGGGAUAAGGACUAUGAGUUCAAUGAUGGUGUGUAG